UUGAUCUUAUUUCGUACCAAUACUCAAAUGUGCCAUAGCAAUCAAUUUUUAAGUAUUUUUUUCAUUGUGUAGUCUACUUCUUGUUUACUGUUGGCAUAAAGUGGCAUGCUUUACGCGACGCAGUGACGCACAUGGCUGCGUCACUGGCAUUUUUCUAAUGCCACCAAAACCAAACACGUCUACUAAUAAAUUUUUUUUACUUCGCAUUUCUACAUGGUUUCUUGGACAACCGACGUUGGUCGGAACGGAAAAGCCUAUUGCCUUAAGUGUUGUGGCAUGUCACAAUGAAAUUGAAAGCAAGGAUUGUUUUAGCUGUAAUAAUAUUUACACUGAUUGUGAUGACCAUUAAUUUUUCCAAAUAUUUACAUCGUUCCAAAGAACAAGUCAGAUUACAACUUAUAGGAAAAGAAUCCAAAAAUGCCAACCCCAACUUGGUAAAUGUUAAUGAAUUUGAGGUUAAUUUGAAGCCUCCAAAUUUGAAUGAAGGGACAAAAGAACAAUUUAUUGAAUCAGAAUUACAGAGACUACAAAUAGAUGUACGAUCUGCUGCAUCUAACUUCAAAAACUGGCCAUGGCAGAUAGCUGCAUCCUGGGUAAACAAGCGACAGAUAUAUCCUGAAAAUCACCCUGAACUUGCGACAAUAUUGUAUGCAAUGUCUACUGCUAGAAUUAUAGAAGCUGAUGUUUUACCUAAAGGAACACAAUUAAAGUUAUUAUUUAUUUUGGAUGGAGGUCAAAAAGUGGUUUUCAAGCAAAAAAGAUAUGAAAGAGAUCAUGUUAUAGAUGGAAAACCAUAUGAUGGAUUUGAUCGACAUAAUGGAGAAAUUGCUUCUUUUCAUCUUGAUAGAGUUUUUAACUUCAGAAGAUCACCUAUCACCGUAGGAAGAAUUGUCAAUUUACGAGAUGAAGUUUUAACUGUAGCAACAGAUAGAUUGAAGAAAACUUUUCUUGAGAAAGAUGGAAAUUUGUGUUACUUUGGUGUUUGUUACUACUGCAAAGAAUCAGAGAAAGCAUGUGCAGCAGGUGACAUAAUGGAAGGUGCUGUCACAUUAUGGUUACCGGAAGAAUAUUCUACUUUUGAAAAAUUAAGACAUCCAUACCAGCGUACUUAUGUUGAGGGUCGAUCUGCAAAGUGGGAAAAAGAUGAAACAUACUGUGAUACUGUCGUCAAACACAAACCUCCUUAUGAUCGUGGUGCAAGGUUGUUAGACAUUGCUGAUGCCUGUGCUUUCGAUUAUUUAAUUGGUAAUGCAGAUCGACAUCAUUAUGAAGUUUUCAAAAAUAAAGGAAAAGAUGUGAUGUUAAUUAUGAUGGAUAAUGCAAAAAGUUUUGGAAAUCCAUAUUUUCAUGAACAAAGUAUUUUAGCACCAUUAAGACAAUGCUGCAUUUUAAGAAACUCAACAUGGUUGAAACUCCAUCGUUUUAAAGAUGGAGUAUUAACCAAAUUAUUAGAAGCAGCAAUGGAAAAUGAUCCAAUUUCUCCCGUUCUACAUCAUUCACAUUUUAAAGCAAUGAAUGAAAGGUUACCCCACCUUUUAUCAACAAUUGAUCACUGUAUAAACGAACGGGGCAAAGACAAUGUUAUAUUGAAUGAAUGGAAAGGAGUUAAAGCGAAAACAUGACAGGGCUAUUUGUGAUGCUACUGGUAACUUCUAAAAACUGUGAACUCGAAAAGUGUUCAACUAAAGAAUUAGUAAUAGUGUUUUCUUACUCUGAUUGUCCAAGGAUUUCAAUAUAAUGCACCAUACUGCAAUAGUUGCCAAUUUUUCUGCAAGGAGGCAGGUUUUUAGGUCCUUCAAGCUGACAUCACAAUUAUUUGUGAAAUAUAUUUUGCUGUCUACUCAUCCAUUAUCAUAUGGAUAACCUACUUUCUUCAAAAUAACCAUGGUCUGUAUGGAAAGUGUUCGCUUGUAUUAUUGCAAUAAACUUUCUAAAAAAGCUGCUUGAACAUUUAAGGAACAAUCCUAAAGCACUAUAAAGGAAAAUGAGUGCUCUCGACCUUCAUUAUCGCAUGUUUCAGUACAACUGCAAUCAUACCCAAUGCUCUUCAAUGUUUGGUACAGAAUAUGUCUUGCUCACUUAUUCAGCCAUUCCUGUUUUUGAGUAAAUUAUAAAGCAUAUUUUCGCACAUAUGAUAAUCCCAUAUUAUGCAGCAUUCAACAUGGUUAUCAAGAUAUCCUAAAGAGGUGAAGGUACACAGCACCUCGGAUAAAUAUAGUUACUGAAUCUCCACUCUACACUUAUGUAUUGUUUCGUACAUUCAUUGGUUAUUUAUUUUGUUUUGUUCAAUGUCUUCCACAGAAUAAAAAGUUUUUUUACAAUGUUUUUCGAAUUUUUGUGCAUUUUUCCAUAUUAACUACUGUGUAUCUUACAUAUUCUCGCACACAAAUGUUGCCUUUUGGCCUGUCUAUUAGCACCAUCGGGACUGAACAUAUAAAUGUUUUUUGACAAGCUGUUGACAAAUGUUGUGAGAUUAAUUUUACAAGAUUGAAUUGACAAAAAAAGCAUGUGUGAUCAAUAUUUAGGAUUUUGAUAUUGCACUGAUCUUCUGUAAGCCAUUACUACCUGAAGACGAUUUCAAUUAGGUUGAAAUCAAUUAAACAUUUUUCGUUUUCUGAUUACUUAUUUUGCAUCCUACCUUUAAACAUCCCUGUGCUCGAGGUGGAAAACCAUGUGAAAUGAUAAAGAUAUCCAGUGACAAUUAUGUCGAUUUUUUUCUAUCAUGUAAAAAACUUGACCACAGUGUUCAACUUUAUCUGAAAUUUAUGAAAUGAUUAUUUAACAUGUUUGUUACAUUACCAAGUCCUCUUCCAUUAAUCAAUCUUCAACUGUGACCUUGA